AUGUCCAGCCACAGCGAAAUCAGCUCGGUCGUCACCUUCGCCCGCCAGUCCGGCCACAAGAAGAUGAGCAUCGAGAUCAACAUCAACGACCACUACACCUCCAAGGUGUACACUUCUGGCAGCCCCAUCUCUGGAGACGUCAUCAUCACACCAAACAAUGAUUGCCGCUUCGACUACGUCCAGAUUAUCCUUCUGGGCACCUCGAGGACUCGUCUGGAUGCCGUCCAGAUUCCCCAGCUGUCGUCCCACACCUUCCUGAAGCUGGAUAUGCCUAUCCCCGAGUCGGCUUACCCCGUACCCCGGAUUUUCGAGGCUGGCCGCACUUACACCAUCCCCUUCAACUUUGUCAUCCCCCAGCACCUCACCAUCAGCGCGUGCACUCACAAGGCGCAAUCCGACCUUAUUCACGACCACCACAUGCGGUUGCCGCCAUCCAUGGGCAGCUGGGAGAAGGACGACAUGAGCCCCGACAUGGCCCAGAUCCACUACGCCAUCAAGGCCCGCGUUGUGCGUCAGGAUGAGCUCGGUGGACGUCCCACUAAGGUCAUGGAGGACGCCCACCUGCUCAACGUCCUCCCUUCCUCGCCUGAAGACCCGCCCUUGAACAUCACCAAGCAGGACAAGGGGUACACUCUGAGCAAGACCAAGACGAUCCGCAAGAACAUCUUUUCUUCCAAGCAGGGACGCAUCACAGCUUCGGCUGCCCAGCCUGGAGCUGUCUACCUUACUCAGGACGGCCGUGGCUCUUCUGAAGGCACGCUCAUGGUUAACCUCAACUUUGAGCCUGCUUCUGCCGAUAUCCUACCUCCAAAGGUCAGCACUGUCUCUGCAAAGAUUCAGUCCCAAACAUGGUACGGCGCGACGCCCAUGACGAGGUUCCCCAACCUGGGCGACAGCCACGAAGUGUACGCCUUGACCCAGCAACUCGCCUACCAGACUUCCGUUCCCCUGUUGUCGGCGACAGUUGAUAAGACUCACUGGCGCCAACAACUGGCAUCCACCACUCGUCGCGACUCUGGUUACUCCAGUGAUGGCCUGCAGGGCAACAACUCUGACUCGGAUCACUCUCGAGGCCGCCGCUCCAGCAAAGAUCGCUCUUCGCCAAUCAACCACCUUGCUCUCCUCCAGAUCCCUUUCAAGCUUCCGACGUCGCGCAAGACGUUCAUCCCGACCUUCCACGCCUGCAUCGUCUCCCGAACUUACACACUGCAGCUGACGCUUGUCGUUGGCGACACCAAGGUCAACUUGGCUGUUCCUAUUCAGAUUGCUCUGGAGCCUCCCGUGCAACAGGACAUGGGCCUGCCGAGCUUCGAUGCGGUGAUGGCGCAGCAGGAAGAGGCGGAAGCUGAUGCAUACCUCCAGCCAAGGCUGAUGCAGCAGCCUGCGCCCGAGUUCCAAGGCAACGCAGUAUUGCCAGGAUAUGGUGACUUUUCGAUGAGGAGGGCAGCAGUGCCAAUCGCUUGA